AAAAAAAGAAAGGUUGCGAUGAGAAGAGCACGCCACGGAGACAUACUAACGUCAAAUUAACAUUUUCGAUGCGGGGAACAGGCGCCCUAAAGUGAAGGAUGACUUGCAAAAUAUUGACUUUAUUCUUCUUGUGUUUGGCUGCGCGACGCUGCUCGUCACAAGAAUGUGUUGACCCACUCGUGUCUGGCCUCUACGCCUCUUCCUUCCUGGCCUCCUCCAGGUAUAACUUUCUCUACUCUGCCGGUUUCGCCAAGUUGUAUGGCAGCAGUGGCUGGUCACCUUCGCUCAGGGAUCGGCAGCCAUGGCUGCAGGUGGACCUGGGCAGGAAGUACCGCCUAAGAGCUAUCGCCACCCAGGGCACCUUCAACUCGUACGAUUGGGUCACCAAGUACACCCUUCUCUAUGGUGACAGGCCAGACUCAUGGACGCCAUAUAUCAUGAUAGGAGGCAACUCGACUUUGCCUGGGAACUGGAAUUAUUAUCAGGUGAAGAGGAACGUCUUCCAUUACGCCUUCACAGCCAAACACAUUCGUCUGCUUCCUCUGGCGUGGAACACAGAGAACGGAGGGAAGAUUGGUGUGAGGCUGGAGUUGUUUGGAUGCCAUUAUGAUUCCUAUGUGCUACAGUACAACGGGGAUGACUCGGUGGUCUACAUGUACCCCGGGAAGAGAUCCCGUACGUUAAAUGACCACAUUGCCAUAAACUUCAAAACCCUGGAGCAGGAUGGUGUCCUAUUACACAGUGAUGGAGUUCAAGGAGACCUCUUCACCCUUGAGCUCAAGAGAGGUCGACUCUACCUACACAUCAGCCUGGGAAGUAGCGUUAUACAUAAAACAGACGGUCGGACCACUUUGGUAGCUGGCAGCCUUCUCGACAACCUACAUUGGCACUACGUCACCAUUAAGCGCUCAGGCCGUCAGGUGAACUUCACUGUUGAUAGCCAGACGGUGACGGCCAUUUGUAAUGGGGAGUUUAGCCACCUGGAUCUGGACAAUAAGUUGUACGUUGGUGGUGUCAUCGAGCCGAAAAUGCCUCACCUACCGACCACCCCGAAUUUCCGUGGCUGCCUAGAGAACGUCUUCAUCAAUGACAUCAACAUCAUAUAUAAGGCUAAGCAGGAAGAAGAGGACGUAGUCAUCCCAAGAAAGAAAAAGAUGCAUUUUGCUUGCCGGGACAUUCUUCUCAAACCGAUGACCUUCGCCGGGCCUAACAACUACCUACAGGUGCCGGGUUUUUUCAGAAGGCCGCGCAUGUUUGUUAAGUUCAAGUUCCGUUCGUGGGACUACACGGGCCUGCUCAUGUUCACGCGAUUUGCUGACGACCUCGGCGCCCUGGAGCUUGGACUUAGCGAGGGGCAGAUCAACGUCACUAUCUUCCAGCCCGGCAAGAAGAAACUGCAGUUUGCCGCAGGUUACAGGCUUAAUGAUGGCUACUGGCAUUCGGUUGAUUUGGCGGCCAGAGAUAACCUCCUCACCCUCACAAUCGAUGAGGAGGAGGGUUCCCCGUUGAAGAUCACCAACCCCUUCACAAUACGUACUGGGGACCGCUACUUCUUUGGAGGUUGCCCAAAAACCAACAACACCAUCAGGAAGUGUGAAACCAAACUAAAUCGCUUCCACGGUUGCAUGCAGCAUAUCUUCAUAGACAACGAACAACUCGACAUCGAUAUUAUCUUGCAGCGGCAGUGGGGGCGCUAUGCUGAACUAUUGUUGGGCACAUGUGGCAUCACUGACAGAUGUAAUCCCAAUCCGUGUGAGCAUGAAGGCCGAUGCAUCCAGUCGUGGGAUGACUUCAUUUGUUUAUGUGAAAACACUGGCUAUAAAGGAGAAGUGUGUCACAUGUCUGUGUAUAAAGAGUCAUGCGAGGCCUACAGACUCAGCGGAAAGUACUGGUCCGGGAACUACACCAUUGAUCCAGAUUUGAGUGGACCGCUAAAGCCAUUCGAAGUAUACUGUAAAAUUAAAUCAUAUAAAGCUUGGACUGUGAUCUUGAAUGACCGCGAGGAAGGUACAAAGGUAACAGGGAGUUCGAUUGACAAUCCGUACAUUGGCAACGUCAACUACUGGAACGCAUCUUGGGAUGAAGUCACCGCCCUGGCCAAUACCUCCUUGUACUGUGAGCAGUGGGUCGACUAUUCAUGCUACAAGUCUCGUUUUCUCAACACGCCCGGCGGAAGACCUUUUGGUUACUGGAUUGGUCGCAAUAAUGAGAGUCACUAUUACUGGGGAGGAACGUUCAGAGAGGUCCAAACGUGUGGCUGCGCCAUCAACCAGACCUGUGCUGACCCCAGGUAUCAAUGCAACUGUGAUGCAGACUACAGACAAUGGCUCUCCGAUAAAGGCUACUUGGACUUUAGAGACCAUCUUCCGGUCAGGAGGGUGGUGGUGGGCGACACCAACAGGACAGGCUCAGAAGUACAGUUCAAAGUAGGACCUCUGCGCUGCCAUGGCGACAGAAACAUCUGGAACACGAUAUCCUUUACCAAACCUGCAAACAUAACCUUCCCCACCUUCAAGCCGGGCUCCAGCGCUGACAUUUUGUUCCACUUCAAAACAUACAGAUACGACUCGGUCUUCUUGGAGAACUCCGACGAUCACCUCAAAAACUUUAUCCGGCUAGAGCUCAACACAACCCACAAUCUUGUAUUUGUCUUCAUGGUGGGAGAUGGCAUCCAGAACGUGACACUACGUUCCCCCGUGCCACUCAACGAUAACGAGUGGCACUUUGUCCAGGCCGAGAUUAAUGUAAAAUUGGCUCGGCUCAAAGUCGACUACCAGCCUUGGACUGUCAAACGUUUCCCCAGUCAGACCUUUGUCACGAUGAACUUUACAAAUCCUCUUGUUGUAGGUUCACGUAACCGCACCCAAAAACCCUUCUUGGGUUGUCUCCGAGGGUUGAGGUUGAACGGUGUUCCUCUGGAUUUGGAAGGGAAAGUUGAUGAAGAAAAAGGAAUCAGGAGAAACUGUACUGGCCAAUGUCUCAAUGCCUCCAUACCUUGCCGUAACAGUGGCCAAUGUAUUGAGGGCUACGCUUCCUAUACCUGUGACUGCAACAAUACUGCAUUUGAUGGGUUCUACUGCCACAAAGAUAUCGGUGCCCACUUUGAGCUUGGCUCUUGGCUGAAGUACACCGUGCGGAAGAAACCGAUAUCCGACGAAGCAGCUUGGGCCAACUGGAUUGACCCGCAUUACGACAAUUUCAGCCUGGGCUAUAACGACACGGCGGACGACAUAGAGUUCAGCUUCAGCACUAUCUACAAACCGGCUGUGCUGCUCUACAUCAGCUCCUUCGUCCAUGACUACAUUGCUGUCGUGCUAAAGAACGACGGUAGCGUGGAUCUGAGGUAUAAACUGGGACUCAUCACCCACAAGUAUGAAUUGACUCGCCGUAACCUUGCUGAUGGAUACCCCCAUUACAUCAACAUCACCAGACACAACAGGACCAUCAAAACGCAGGUGGAUUUUAUGGAGCCCAUUGUUGAAAAGAUAACUUUAGUGGAGGAUGCAAGAUUUGACUCACCAAAGUCCAUGUUCUUGGGCAGAGUGAUGGAGGUCGGCGACAUCGACUAUGAAAUCCAGAGGCACAAUGCUCCAGGCUUCAUUGGCUGCAUCUCUGGCGUGAGAUACAAUGUCUAUGCUCCUCUAAAGGCUCUUUUCCGGCCGAAUGAAACGGACCCGCCGGUGACGACACAAGGUGAUGUCUCCGAGUCCAACUGCGGCGCUUUCCCUCCUGUCUUUGGUUACGUCCCAUGGGAGGUGGAUCCCUGGUUUACCACCAUAGAUUAUAUAUACAUUCAUGAUGACCUUGGCUUAUUCUGGAUCAUAGUCAUUGUCAUUCUGGCGCUGCUCCUUCUGCUGGCCGGUUUGUAUAGCAUCUACGUGUAUGCGUACCAGCAGAAGGGCACCUACCGCACCAACGAGCCCAAACACCUGGAUUCGCCCAGCAGCGCCCGACCCCUAACCGAGACGUUGAGACGGGAAAAGAAUAUCCCACCAGAAAUUAACGAAGAGUUCAGGAGCGGCUAAGAUAAUUAUCAACACAUGGGACCAAUGGGACAGUGACUUUGGGAAGGACUUAUAUAUGUUACAUGUCUUUAAGUUGAUUUUCUUGAUUAUUGGUUUGUAGCACCUCUGAGUCUAUCACUUGUGGGUUUAGCUACCAUCAUAGUUCAUUAAUGGGGCUAUUUGCCCUGCAUCCUAAUUUGGAUUACUUUGAAAUUCAGUUGAGGUCAGAUUAUUUCUAUGGUAUUCCAUCAGGCAUGCAUUCCCGGACUUUCACUGUUCUUACCUGAUGCUGUGGGCUCUUCGAGUGAAGUGGGUGUAGAAGUUAGUGUAUUUAUUGUUGUUGUCCUGGGAAUGGUCUCAGAUGUCCUGGUUAAGGACCAAAAGAAAGACAUUUUAAAAAAAAAGUACCACAAUAAGUUAAACCCACAAGCAAUAAGACAAAGCCCAACUAUCACCAGAGUCACCUGAUUUAUGUUUUGCAAUUAUUUCAUCUCUUCUUUUAUUGUAUUUUUUUUUAAACCCCAGCUUGGGUGGGAUGGAAUUCUUGGUGCUGUACAAAAUUGAUAAUUUGUCAAGUUCAAAACUUCCACAUGCAAGACUCACACUGUCCCGCAGGGUGAAAUACUGAAGUGCCUCAUCUGAGCAAGCUUGACCCCACUCAAGUAUCCACUAAAGAUUCAUUAGAAGGCAUUAGGAAACAGACUUAAAUCAUUUUCUGGGCCCAUUUGAGGCUAUCGUAUGGACCGUGUGAAACCUGCACCUUUAGCUGACAAUCUGGUGACAUCCUAGCUCGCAAUGUUCCCAAGCAAACUACUAAAAUCUAUGUUACUUUCGAGAAAAAAAAAGCCAACCUGAGUCAUACAUGUUGGAAAAGCAUGAACAUAAAACAACCGUGGUGCAAAGGUUUGCGUACUGUGUAUUCGAAGCCUAACCGUUACAGUAAGGCAGUGCAAAGAAUGACCUCGCAGCUUUAAUGAUUGCAGUACCAUAACUAUUUAGCACGGAGCUUCAGACUGUCAUAAUGAUGGGUAACCAGGUGUCCACAUCCAAUUUCUACUUGCAUCCGUCUCGCUUGUUAACUUUUGUCAGGCUUUUCAGAAACAACAAUCAUCGAGUGAAGACGCUUACAUAUAAACAUACACACACUCUAAUUAGGGUGCUUUCACACCAGUAGUUCAAGUAACAAAUCAAUUUGUCCAUUUUUUCUGUUUCCCCCAUCUCUAGCAACACUGCAUUAUUGAUAGGAACUGAAAAUAUAAGAACAAGCUAAAGGGAACUGCUGGUGCGAAAGAGUCCUAAAGCACAAAGUACAUGUAGAGUACAGAGGACCAUGAUGGUGUAUUACUUCCAAUUCACACAUUUGCUAAUAGAUUUAGGGCAAUAUGUUAUGAAUUAAUAACUGAGAGCCAACUCACUCUUUGCUAGCAGCUGACAGUAUAUGAAACAAUGCAUAUAGCCUAGCAUGAACACAUGAUAACAAGCUUCUUUACGUCCGCAGAUGCACAACAGAGAGUGUAAAGCAACUCUUUAAAUGUCACACGAAUGUAGUUUGUUCAGGGUAAAGAAAGUACUUACUUUUACCUGUAUUGGGCCUUCAAAGUGUAUAUUUGUUGGCUUGAUUGAAUGAUUGUACAUUGACAAUAAUGGAUGAAAUUGUACAGAUGGUAAUUAGAGGCUCUAUUUUUUAAGAGUAUGCUGUAAAAACGAAUGUAAAUGAGCGUUGCUAGAAUACAGGUGCGUCUGUUAGCAUAGUGUCAGUGUACAGCUAGCAUAGCGGUAUCAUCUCACUCACCAUGCGUGGUCCCCCAAAGCGUUUGUGUGUGUGUGUUUUCACUGUUUGCCCACCUAGAGACGAGAAACAAGCAGACGUGCACACAUGCCAACAACUAAUAGACAUCAUGGUAGUGUGUUAGUGAGCAUCAGAAGAUGCGCUGAAUGGUGUAGAGCCUUAAAUGUCCACUAGAGGGAGACAGAUCUUUGUUUGCUUUCAAAUGUCCAGAUGCUUUGGUCACUUGGACAUUGAUUAGGCCGAAAUGACAAUGCUCAAAUUUGAUUGCACAACUCUCAGUGCAUCUCCAACCACAAUGACAUGCACAUUGUCAAACCUCUUGCAUUGGACCACCAGCAAGUGUUCCUAAUGAAGUGUCCAGAACUGACCGUGGCAUCUAAACAGAAAAAAUGAUUACACUUGGUAAUUUUAUUCAGUCACUGAUUAUAUUGUCAUUCACCCUUUUUUUUUUUUGAGUGAUAUUGUCACUGUAAAUGCCCAUUGUUGUUAUUCUUAUUGUAUAAAUCUAAGUAAAGCCAAACUCACCUGAAUAAAA